AUGCGCUCCGACGGCCCGGCGAUGGCGACGCCGGAGGAGCCCUUGAGGAGGCGGAAGGCCGGGGUCGCGGGCGCGGCGCCUGAAUCUUCGCCAGGGCCGGGGCGCGACCCUGCGGGCUGCCCAGCCCGCCUCCGCGCGGGCACCUUCUGGCUGACCAGAAUCGUGCUUCUGAAGGCCCUCGCUUUCGUUUACUUUGUGGCAUUCUUGGUGGCCUUCCAUCAGAACAAGCAGCUGAUUGGAGACAGGGGACUGCUGCCCUGCAGAGUGUACCUGAGGAGUGUGCAGCAGCACUUCCGUGGGCAAGUCAGCUGGGAGACCGUGAGCUAUGCCCCCACCGUCCUCUGGCUGCUGGACUGGUCUCACAUGGACUUCAACCUGGACGCGCUGGCUCUUCUCGGGCUGGGCAUCUCCUCUUUCAUCCUGGUCUCCGGCUGUGCCAAUAUGGUUCUCAUGGCUGCUCUCUGGGUCCUCUACAUGUCCCUGGUCAACGUGGGGCAGAUCUGGAUGGGAGUCCCAGCUUCUGGAGACGGGCUUCCUGGGGAUUUUCCUGUGCCCUCUCUGGACUCUGUCUCCAUUGCCCAGGGGGACCCCCACGUCCCGGAUCGUCCUGUGGGGCUAUCGGUGGCUGAUUUUCAGAAUCAUGCUCGGAGCGGUCCAUCCGGAGGUGGCUCACAUUCCUCUCUGUCUCCUCGGCAGGGCCUGAUCAAGAUCCGGGGGGACCAGUGCUGGCGGAACCUCACCUGCAUGGACUUCCACUACGAGACGCAGCCGGUGCCCAACCCCAUGGCCUACUUCCUGCACCACUCCCCAUGGUGGUUCCACCGCUUCGAGACCCUCAGCAACCACUUCCUGGAGCUUGUGGUGCCCUUCUUCGUCUUCCUCGGACGGCAGAUGUGCAUCCUCCAUGGGGCCCUACAGAUCCUGUUCCAGAUGGUCCUCAUCAUCAGCGGGAAUCUGAGCUUCCUGAACUGGCUGACCAUCGUGCCCAGCCUCGCCUGCUUCGAUGAUGCCACUCUGGGCUUCCUGUUUCCCUCGGGGCCCGGCUGCCUCAAGGACCAAGUCCUGAGGAUGCAGGAGGAGGAAGCUCGAGGGGCCAGGGCCCCAUGGACACACGGCAGCGUGGCACGGCACACAGUCAACCUGGCGCUGGGCGUCCUGGUCGCCUGGCUCAGCAUCCCUGUGGUCCUCAACUUGCUGAGCCCCCGGCAGGUCAUGAACAGCUCCUUCAACCCUCUCCGGAUCGUCAACACAUAUGGGGCCUUUGGCAGCAUCACCAAGGAACGCACGGAGGUCAUCCUGCAGGGCACCGCCAGCCCCAAUGCCAGCGCGCCAGACGCCAAGUGGGAGGACUACGAGUUCAAGUGCAAGCCCGGUGACCUGAAGCGGCGGCCAUGCCUCAUCUCCCCGUACCACCACCGCCUGGAUUGGCUUAUGUGGUUCGCCGCCUUCCAGACCUACGAGCACAACGAGUGGAUCAUCCACCUGGCAGGCAAGCUCCUGGCCAACGACGCCCAGGCCCUAUCCCUACUGGCCCUUAACCCCUUCGCAGGCAGGGCACCACCCAGGUGGGUCCGGGGAGAGCACUACAGGUACAAGUUCAGCCGCCCCGGGGGCACACACGCCGCUGAGGGCAAGUGGUGGAUCCGGAAGAGGCUCGGCCCCUACUUCCCCCCACUCAGCUUUCAGGACCUGAAGGGUUACUUCAGGUCACGGGAGUGGCCGUACCCCAAACCCGAAUAGAGGUGGCCCAGGGCUUGUGCCCCAAGAAAUAAAGUGGGAAGACCACGGGCUGGCUGCUCUGAGUGGGGUCUCCACAAGGACAUCCAGGGAAGCUGACCCGGAGAGGAGGGGCUGCCAGGGUCCUGGGUGGUCGUCUGUGCUUUCUUAUCUCCCCACAGUCAGUCCCUGUGGUUCCCAAGUCUCUUCACUUUGGGUUCGUCAGAGGAAUCCCCAGAAAGCCCCCAGCCCCGCUCCACCCAGAUCGCACCCCUUGUCACCAGGCACCCCCCGUCCCAGACACCAGCAUCCCAAUGUUGCACCCAGCUCUGGUCUGUCCCAGGACCACCUGCCCAUGCGGCCAAGAAGAAAGCCUGCCUCUCCUCUCUGCUCCCCCAAGCAGGUCCCCACCACGUCCAGGAGGGUCCUGCACGAGGAAGUAGUCAGGGCUCCCUCUCAGAACCCACAUGCACCCACAUGCGCUCUCCACAGUGACCAGCACCUGAAGGUGUGGACAGAGGGCCUCUGUCCUCCUUGGGUGGGCCACCCCCACCAGCCCUGAGUGAUGUGCCUCCUCCCCUCCUUUGUGACCACGUUGCCCAGUCUCACACCUGGAGCCUCUGGCUCCCUGACCUAGGGUGGGAGGACGGGACAGCAGGGCGGUCAGCCCCAGCGCUGGGGUCCCCAGGGCAGCGAUUCUGAGGCCCGGUCACUGCAGGUUGAACUGCAUUAAUGGUGUGUUGCUUGGCAACCCUACUGGUCUGUGGCCCAGAACCUCUACAGCCUGAUGUCAGUGGUGAGUGGACACCCACCUGCCCCCCACCAUCCCGGGCGCCUGCCGCACUGUGGAGGGUCCCAGCGGGAAUGAGGUGGUUCAGGCUAGGAGGCCAGGCUGAGGUGGGCACAAGUGUGGAUCUGUGUGGAGGCCUCCCGCCUGCCUGGGGGCCUGGCCGGCCCAGGUGCCAACAAGAGAGGCUGUGUUCCUGCUCGCAGGCAAACAGGCGCCCUGUGUCUGUCGCAGGACAGACAGGGCCUCAGACAAGGAGCCUGGAGCCAGCAAGUCUGCCUGCAGCAGCCGCGUAAAACUACCACCAGCCUGCUGGAAUGGGCAGCCCUUACCGGGGGGCUGUCCUUGGGACCCUGCCAAUGGGUAGGAGCACCAGGGGUGCCCCUGUGGGGCCCGGGGUGGGUAGGGGGCCUGAGGAGAUGCUGUGUCUUGGCUCGGGGUGGCCCUGCAGCCCCAGAACCACAGGUGGCCUCCCUGCCAGGAGCCAUGGUGGGUCCCUGCUCUGCCAGCCCUUCCCGCCACACUCUGGGCUCGCUGCCACCCAGGGCUCGGGCAGGGGAGGCCCCCAGCACUCCUUGGUGUGGGCUCCUCUCUGAGCCUUGGUCCAGCUGUGCCCCCCAAGGCUCCUGGGACAGCCCCCCAGACAUACAUAGGAGGCUGUGCUUAGACAUGUGGACUGGGUGGGGCCGGGGCUGGAGCCGGUGGCAGGAGUGACGCAGGAGGCCCUGAGCCCAUCCGGGGGGUGGUGGGGGGGGGGCAAGAACUAAGUGGCCCCACCCCUCCUGGGACAGGGCAGCAUCCUCUCACCCCAGGGGACGUCCCAGGUGAUCCCUGGUCAGGGUGGGCACAUGGCCCUCUAACAAACCAAAGACUCUGCCAGACCUGCACACCCUUCCAGAGGCUCUGGUUCCCCCAGGGCCCACCCAUCUGCCAGAAAGGGUGCCAGCCCCACCUUCAGAGCCUGUCCUGAGACCACACCCUCCCAUCAAGGACAGCCAGACUGCACCUCUCCUCCACUCAGAGCCCUCCCAGGGCCCCCACCUCACUGAGCAUGAACCUGGGGUCCCUGCCUAUCACCUCCGCCCACUCCCCUGCAUCCUCUCCAUCCCACAUGCCCACCAGCCGUGUUGGGCCCCAGGGCCUUUGCACUGGUAGCUCGUGGUGCUCACCUCUCCCAGGGCCUCCUCUCCUGCCUCUGCUGGACUCCAGGCUGCUCCUGGUCACACACGGGUUGGCGGGGGGCUCAUCCUGGCCCCCCAGUGCUGGAUACACUGUUGACCUGAUGAAAGAGAAAGGCCCAGACACUUAACAUCUGCUCCACCUGAUGCUGCCUCAGUUCAGCUUCAGGACAGUCAGCUGUUUCGGGGGCGGGGGGGGGGUGCCGAGUGCAGGGCAGGGACACAAGGUGGCGCCUUGGCUCGCCCCUCCCGGCAGCUGUGUCCCCAUGAAUCAUCCACCUGGCAGCAGGGGAUGCUUGCAGGUGAGGGUCCGCCUUAUUCAACAGGAGGCUCAGAUGCAUGUUGGAAACUGAAUUUCACCUUCUAAAACCAGGAGUCAGCCUGAGGCUCCUGGGGAGGUGGCAGCAGGAGUCUUCUCAGACCACAGGAGGGGCGGCCUGCUUGCGGGAGGGGCUGCCCUGGAGAGGGGUGAGCAGGGCAUGACCAGGGCACCCUGACUUCCAGAGGGACUGGGAAUUUCAGAUCUGUUCUUCCCACCUGCUCUCUUGAGCCGACGCCCCCUGGAAACCACUGCCUGACAAGCUGGCCCUUGCUGAGACCCCCACCCAAUCUGAGGGUGUCUCCCCCUGCAGAGCACUCUGCCCCAUGGCUCUCACACAUCUGAAUGGGGUCUGUCCGGUGCUGGCAGCAACGCCCAGGCCCAGCCGGGACCCUGUAGGCUGCAGAGUGUGCCCAGCCCCCCACCCACCCCCCAGCUCUCCAACUGGAGGGCGCUGUGCUCAGCCCUCUUGCUCCAGGAUGGGAUGUGGGACUCAGGACUCCAGUCACAGGGCAGUGGCUGAGCUCAGGUGAUCCGCUGAACCUGGCUGUCGGCCCAUCCAAAGCUGUGGGCUCAGCCAGGGGCCUGUCUCAGGGAGGACCCACUGUCUCCCUCUUGCUCCAGGACAGGGCGAGGGGUUCGGGUGCAGGUCCCGUCCCCACGAGGAGGGUGUGUACCAGCCUCCCUCUGUCAGAGGGCCUCUGGUUUUCACUCAGAGGUGAUCAGUGCAACUUGGGUGCCUGCUGAGGCCAAGCCCACCCUCUGUGCAGCCUAGUUCAGAUCAGAGCCCUCCCAUGGGGCAUCCCUGGGCAGGGUUCACAAGCCCUCCUCUCCCUGGGCUUCUGCAUCUGCACGGGCAUGGCCUGACGCUUUGCGCUCUUAGGCCACCAGCUCUGGAGGGACAGGGUCAGCAAACUCCCAGCCUGGUGGCUUUGUGGGAGCAGGAAGAUCUCCACAUCAAUGCAUGUUGAGUUCAAGCAUGUUACCAGUUAUUAGAACGGGCCCGUGAAGACGCAGAAAACCUGAGCUGUCGUGGAGCGCUUCGCUGCCUUCCUCCAUUGUCUCCAGCGUCCCCCACAACCUCUGGGCCCCACGUGGAGUGAGGCUUCUCCCUCCUGAUGUUCAUCCAGGGCUUCUCUCUUGUCUCCUCAUCAGUCUUCUCACAGCUCCAGCUUUGGCUUCUUCAGUCAACUGUCCUCUUCCACUUUCUGUUUCACACACAUACGUUGUUAUUUCCUUCCACCUUUUUCAGGUUUGCCUUCCGUCAUCUCCUCGAGUUGCAGACUUUAUUUCUUUCUAACCCUCCUUCUGAUUUCUAGGAAACACAGCUAAGGACCACACACACACAAGUGGCUGCACCCACAGGCUCUGUUGACCACUGUGGGCUUUGUCUGUGAAUUCUAGAGACUGUGAUGUCCUCUUAACACAUCAAAUAAUAGAGGUGGGAUUUAAAUGUUCAAACGAAUGGAUUUGGGAGGCAGUCUUUUACCUUGAAUUUUAUCACCGUGUUUGCCACUCCCAGCACCCCUCACCCCCCCAUGCCUCCAGCACCCUGGAUUAAUGCCCCUUUCACAAGUGAACAAAUUCUGGUGGAAAGGAUACCUCCAAUUCUGAGACAGCUACUUGCAUCCCUCUGCUGAGGGGUUCCCUAGUUCAGUUAGCAUCAUGACAACCUGUCCCCUGGAUCCAUCCCUGCCCUGUAUCCCACAGCCUGAGGAUACCAUGGACCUUUGUCCCCAGGGAUUCAGUUCCAAAGCCACUGGGUAAGGUGGAACUCACAUGUCAGCAAACUGACCUUUAAAGCUCCUAAAGUAAUCAGCAAAAUUGAUAGAACUGUAGCUUGACUGACAAAAAGAAGAUACAAAUAACUAAAAUCAAAGUUAAGUGGGGACAUUACUACCAACAUUACAGACAUAAAAAGGAUUACAAGAGAACAGUAUGAAUAACUGUAGGCAACAAAUCAGGUAACCUAGACAGUGGACAAAUUUCUAAAGACACACAAAAUGCUAGAAGUGACUCAGGAAGAAAUAGGCAAUUUGAAGAGAUCUAUAGCAAGUAAGGAGAUUGAAUCAGUAAUCAAAACCUCCAGCAGAGAAAAUUACUGCAUCAGAUGGCUUUGUUACUGAAUUCUCCCAAGAAUUAAAGAAAAAUUAACACCAAUCCUUCCAAAACUUUUUCCAAAGAAUUAGAAAAGGAGGUAGGACUUCCCUGGUGGUGCAGUACUUAAGAAUCCACCUGCCAAUGCAGGGGACACAGGUUUGAGCCCUGGUCCAGGAAGAUCCACAUGCCUCAGAGCAACUAAGCUUAUGUGCCACAACUACUGAAGCCCGUGCUCUGCAACAAGAGAAGCCACCGCAACGAGAAGCCUGUGCACUGCAGCAAAAGAUAGACCCUGCUCGCCGCAACUAGAGAAAGCCCAUGCACAGCAACGAAGACCCAACACAGCCAAAAUUUAAUUAAUUAAUUUUAAAAGAGGAGGGAACACUUCCUAACUCAUCCUGUGGAGGCCAGUAUGACCCCGGUAACAAGGCCAGACAAAGACACCAGUAUUCUUCGUGAAUAGAGAUACAAAAAUGCUCAACAAAAUACUAGCAAAACAAAUCUAUCAGCAUAUUAAGAGGAUUAUAUGCCAUGACCAAGUGGUAUUUAUCCUAGGAAUGCCAGAGUGGUUCAACAUAAGAAAAUCAAUCAAUGUAAUACACCACAUUAACAGAAUACAGGAGCAGAAAGAAAAACAUGAUCAUCUCAACUGAUGCAGAAAAAUCAUUUGAAAAAAAUCCAACGCACUCUCAUGAUACAAACCACUCAGGGGCUUCCCUGGUGGCGCAGUGGUUGAGAGUCUGCCUGCCAAUGCAGGGGACACAAGUUCGUGCCCCGGUCCAGGAAGAUCCCACAUGCCAUGGAGCGGCUGGGCCCAUGAGCCAUGGCCACUGAGCCUGCGCAUCCAGAGCCUGUGCUCCGCAACGGGAGAGGCCACAACAGUGAGAGGCCCGCGUACCGCAAAAAAAAAAAAAACAGAAAA